AGAUGUAUUUUCGGUGGUAGAGUCACUAAGAAUUUGUGAUUGGUUAAAUGUGGGUGGGUUGAAGAGGUCAGAGGGUUUCCCUGGGUUUCAGUGUCAGGCAGUGGGUGGGAUGUUUGCUGAUUGAAGCAACAUCUCACACCCAGCAGGGUGUAGGGGAAUGACAGUCACAUCAGUUUCUACCUGAGGUUAAUCAGACAUUGGAAUGAAAAUACUUAAUACUAAGAUACAAUUUGUAGCUCAGGAAAGAAGUCAGAAUCAAAGACGAUUUGGAUGUCAUCCACACAUAUAUCGGGAGGUAAAGCCAUGGGAGGCGAUGACUGCUCAUGUAGUGUGCAGGGCAUGAGGGAAGGUUUGUGACUGACACCUGAGGAGUGUCAACAUCUAAGGGGCCCUCAGAGAAAAAAUGACAAGCCAGUGCAAUAGAUCCCUGUGACAUCCUGUCAGGGAAGUCAGCCUUAGUGGUCUUUGCAUCAUAUGACUGCUUCCAAAGUUGGGCUGUUGUCAGUCGCUUGUUUCGUUACUUGAGCAGGCUUUUUUAAGCACCUGUGUGGCACAGGCAUGCUGGGGGACACAAUGUCAUAGUCCAGGCCUUCAUAAAAGCUUAAGUCUGGUAAUGAAAAUGUGCCGCUUAAGAGGACAAUCAAGUGGUUUUUUUUUCCAAAGCCCCUGUUGAAAUUCCCUUUAACUUAGACCAGUGGUAUAGAUAUGUUAACUUUCUUUCAAUUCAAAAUAAUGCAUCAAAGUAUAAUAACCUUAAAUUGUGCCAUUAAGCUAGAUGGCAAGACAUAGACAGACUGUUUCAGCCCUGCAAAAACUGCGAUAAUCGCCAUGACAGUGCUGUAAAAGUAUAAUACAGUGUCAUUAGAAAACAGAGAUACAGAAAAUGUUAAGAUAAUUUCUUGGGUGAUUGAUCCAGUGAUUAAAGGGAAAUAGGGCCCUGUGUAACCUUUUAGGGUGAUCAUCAAGGGGGACAAGUAUUAUUCUUUUUUAGGUAUAAUGAAUUCAGCUUGGUGUUUCUUGGGAAUAGUUCUGUUAGUGAUUAUUGUUAAGGCACAACUCUACAAAGUAAUGAGGCUGCUUUCCAAAAACCACACCAAAAAUUAGCCGUGUCUGUUGUAUAGUCAUGUGCUUCAGUUGAUUUUCCAUAGCAUAGUGGAUGAGCUUAUGCUUGCCAUUAGAUAAGUAAUGCAAUGAAAUUUUGUAGACUCUUAGGAAAAUCCUAGACUCUGUUCUUAGAGAAAUGACAUUUGAACAUGUUUGAGUAAAAUUUACUUUCAUUGAAAACCUUUUUCUCAUUCAGAGUUGUUCAAAUUAGCUCUGACAUUCGUGUCAGUUAUUUACCAUUCUCUGUAAUGAUUUGACCUGCACAAGUGGCGGUAUGUGUUACUCCUGUAGUUGGGCACAAAAAAAAUUUUGGCAGGGGUGGGUUGUUUCUCUUUCAGUGAUGUGUACUUAGCCAAGUUAACAUUUCAAUGAAGUCUACUUUGGCCAAGUUAACAUUUUGAUCAGAGACAAAGAUUUUUCUAACAUUCUAUGAUGUCUUUUUGUCACAGAAGUGUUCUCAAUUAUACUACAUCUGAUUUCAGUUCUCAUCAAGCCACCUAACCUUUCUGAAGCUUACUUUCCUUGUCCUCAUAAUGAAGUGAGUUGAUGGCUAAGGUUCCUUAAACUUCUAAAAUGUUAAAAUUACAAAGUAGGGCUGGUGCUGUGGCAUAGCAAGUAAAGCUGCUGCCUGCAGCACCAGCAUCCUAUAUGCGCACCAGUUCAAGUUCCAACUGCUCCACUUCCAAUCCAGCUCCCUGCUAAUGUGCUUGAGAAAGCAGCAGAGGAGGACCCAAGCACUUGGACCCCCAUACACAUGUGGGAGACUGAAAGAAGCUCCUGGCUUCUAGCUUCAGCCUGGCUCAGCCCUGGCCUUUACAGCCAUUUGAGGAGUGAACCAACAGAUCAAAGAUUCUCUCUCUCUCUGCCUCUAUUUGAGGAGUGAACCAGUAGAUGAAAGAUUCUCUCUCUGCCUCCCUAAAAUUCUUCAUCUCCCUCUCUGUAACUCUGCCUUUCAAAUAAAUAAAUAAAUCUUAAAAAGAGUAUUACAGUGCCCCCCACCUCUGCAAGAAUGAGGUGUAUUCUGAGCAUAGUAAGUCACUCUUCCUUUCCUGUCGCAGUCCUCCCAUGCAUCCUACAGUUUUGCAAACUCUGACUUGGCCAGUUAUCCUCUGACCAUCUCCUGUGUUUUUCCACCUAUAUGUCUUUGUUAUUGGCCUCCCUUUAUUGUCCAUACCUGUCUGAAGGACAUUUCAAAUUUCUGAGCUGAGCAUCUUACCUGCCACCAUUUCAUGCUUAUUAAUGCAACUGUGUAUUUUAUUUAUUUGAAAGAGGUACAGAGAAAGGUAGAAGCAGAGAGAGAGUUCUUCCAUCCCCUGGUUCACUCACCAAAUGUCUUCAACAGCCGGAGCUCAGCCUAUCUGAAGCCAAGAACCAGGAGCUUUUUCCAGGUCUCCCACAUGGGUACAGGAGUCCAAGGACUUGGGCCAUCCUCCACUGCUUUCCCAGGCACACUAGCAGGGAGCUGGAUCGGAAGUGGAGCAGCCGGGACUCAAACCAGCGCCCAUAUGGGAUGCCGGUGCUGCAGGCCAGGGCUUCAACCCACUGUGCCACAGCGCUGGCCCAUGUGUAUCUUUUAUAACACCUGACACAUUCUGUCUUGUCUAAGAGCUAUGAGUGUAUUAUCCUACAUAAGCUAGUACAUCAGAUACAAGAAGUGAAACCUCUCAAAUUUGUUCCCAAAAUCAUCAGUUAAUAAAACUUUAUUUAAAAUCUGCAAUGUAACUUAUCUGAAGAAUUUAAAAAUACAGUCAUUGCUCUAUGCCAGAGAAAGCUUACAUGACAAUAACUAUUUUUUAAAUAACUUUUCUUAGGGUUUUGUUUGAGGAAAGUUUUUGAAAACAAUUAAUUGAAUCACCUUUCAUUUUUAAAGAUACCUAACUGUGUGUGGUAACACAUCUCUUACCUUUUUCUCACUCUUAGCUUAGUUUUCCAUUCUUUAAGUAACAGAAGGAACUCAGCUUAUGAUGCUUCAGCGUACAGUUUUUCAACUUUGCAUUGGUGCAAAACAGAUGAUGCAUUCAGUGUAAACCUUCCUUUGAAUUUUGAUCUUUUUCCUGGCUAGCAGUGUAUGGUAUGCUACUCUGUUGCAAUGUGGGUGCACACCUAGCUGCAGCUCCCAGUCGGCUGAGUGAUCAUGUUGGGAAAUCAUUUUGGUACCCUACAGAGUAGUGUUUCUAAGCUGCCAUGUUUGGUAGGCUAGGAGUAUUAAGUUUAUUUUUGACUUAUGAUAUUUUCAACUUAUCAUAAAUUUAUCAUAACUAUAUCUUAAUGUCAAGGAGUAUCUGUAUAUGAAAUCUUCCUUCUUUUAUACAAAUAGCAGUGUAUCAUGAUAACUAUAUCCAGUCCUCUAUUGAUAUUUAAAUUAUUUUUACUCUUUUACUAUUAAAAUUAUACUUUAGUGAAUAACUUUGUACUAAGUCAAUUCAUAGUUGUGCAGGUGAAUGAGGAGGAUUAAUUUACAGAAGUAAAACUGCUGGAUCAUAAGAGUAUGUAUGUUUAUAGUUUUGAUAGAUUUUGCCCCUUAGCUUUCCAUAGAGAUGGUACAGGAGUACUUCAAGAAAUUCCUGAGGGCUGAUGCUGUGGCAGUGGGUUGAAGCCACCGUCUGCAAUGCCAGCAUCCCAUAUGGGCAUUGGUUCAAGUCCUGUCUGCUCCACUUCCAAUCCAGCUCCCUGCUAUGGCCUAGGAAAGCAGUGGAAGAUGGCCCAAGUCCUUGGGCCCCUGCACCCACAUGGGAGACCUGGAAGAAGCUCAGCUGGCUCCUGGCUUCGGAUCAGCCCAGCUCCGGCUGUUAACAGCCGUUUGAGGAGUGAACCAAUGCGUGGAAGAUCUCUCUCUCUGCCUCUCCCUCUCGGUUGCAACAAGGACAGUGUCAGAGCAGGCUGUAAAAAAUGUGGUUACCCUGGUCACCUGACUUUUGAAUGCCGCAAUUUUCUCCGAGUAGACCCUAAAAGGGACAUCGUUUUGGAUGUCAGUAGUACAAGCAGUGAAGAUAGUGAUGAAGAGAAUGAAGAGCUAAAUAAGUUGCAGGCAUUACAGGAAAAAAGAAUAAAUGAAGAAGAGGAGAAGAAAAGAGAAAAAAGCAAAGAGAAAAUCAAAUUGAAAAAAAAAAGGAAAAGGUCUCAUUCAUCUACUUCUGAUGAAGAGGACACUUCAAAACAGAAGAAACAAAAAUAUCAGAAGAAAGAAAAAAAGAAUAAAUCAAAAAAAGGGAAACAUCACAAAAAGGAAAAAAAGAAGAGAAAAAAGGAAAAGCAUUCUUCGACUCCGAAUAGUUCUGAAUUUUCCAAAAAGUGACUUGAGACUUUGGCCUACAACAUUAAAUUUAAAAUUUUGUUCUUCACAGUUACUUGUCCUUCCUUAGAAUUUGCUAUCUAUUUAUGCUUUGUAGUAAAUCAUGGCCUUCCCCAUAUAGAUAGUUUUCAUAUGUGGGAUGAUUAUCUUCCUGACAGUAUGUUUUUCAAGUACUAUGAUAUAAAGCGUUAAACCAGUCUUGAUACUCGAUAACCAUGCCCUAAGCAUAGGUAUUUAUACAUACAAAACACAUCACUUUUGGUAUUUGUGUCUCCAUGUGUUUGACUAGUGUUAUUACAUCUUAAAUCGAUUGUGAAAUGGCUUUAUUACAGUCAGCACAGGUAAUCCACCUGGCAGUUAAUGAAUCAAGUGUCCAUCUUCCAGUGAAGAAGCUAGGUAGGGGUUAAUGCUUUGCUCUUGACACUGAAAAUAUUUAAUAGCUUUAUAUGCUAUAAUGUAAUGUACAAAGAGUGAAAUCCUUCACUGCUGUUUUUAAAUCUCUAGGCUUUUUUGGUUUUGACUACGACUUUUUAAAUGAACAGUGUGGGCAAGAAGAUGAUAAUGAAAACUUUUACAACAAAAUUUUGUUCUUUUAUGAAAUGCAGUUUCUAUUUUGUGCCUCCUUUGUUUUGUAACAGUUAAGAUCUUCCUUCCUGUUUAAAGAAACUAGUCUAGUCCAGCCUACUAGUAAGUCUCACAGAGCCGAUGUGUGUUAGUCAGGAUUUUUCAGGUAGACUCCUGGGUUAUUUUACCAGUGUGCCAUAUUGGCAUGUGAUACCUCAAACACAGAAAUUUUUAUUUAGUAAGAAAACUAAAUCUUCAUUAUAACUGAUUUUUAUUGUAUGUAAUAUGUAAACUUUAUUGAUCUCACUUCUAUGAAUAAUGUGGAAAAUGUUUAUAAAUGUGAGCAUAUAUGUUUAUUUUGUCUGAAAUAAUUUGUAGUUUUGAAGCAAAUUUCACACUGAGGAUGUUUCCCUCUUUUACUUCAGUGAUAAAUCUCAGUAGCAGCAACAAAGAUUUUUAAUUAAAAAUUUUAUUCUAUACUUUUUAAAAUUCAAGAGCCAUGGAGUUUUAUCAUGAAAGCCUUAUACAACAAUGGGAAUUUAUAUGGGUAAGCAUUUUGAAACACCUACUAGUAGAUAUAAAUAAUUCUUAAAUUUUUAAUUUGACAAUGAUCAGUGUCACUUAUUUUGCUUAUUAAUUGGUUAUCCCUUAUGCCCAGGAAGUUAAAUACUUACCAUGUUGUAGCAGCAUCACCAGUCUACCAGUUUUCAUGGCACAGCACCAAAGAUUGCAAAUACCUCAUUGUAGUACACUUACACACUUUAAAAUCAUUAACCCUUAGACAUGGCUACAGGUGAAUUUUUGAUGUGAAAUCAGGUAAGUACUCUUAACCUCGCUGGCUGGAAGGUUUAGGGGUUCUUCCUUCACCUGGCAUACCCUUUGUCGAAUUUGAGAGGCUUCAUCAUUUCUCUUAGCAUACGUUUACCUAUGUGAGAACUGCAUCUUUGUUUCUUUUCUAGCACUGCAACCAUUGAAGCUCUCAUACUCCCAGCUUUUCCGUAAUCUAAUGUAGUAAUUUGGCCCACUCAAAAAGAAAUUAUUUUGUUUAAAUAGUUGUCAGGUAUUGGGAGAGAAGCACAGAGUAUUGGGUUUUGAAGGGUUUGUCUUGGUUUUGCUACUAAUAUUAUGAAAAUGCAGUUAUCAAGAUUGAUUGAAAAAAUAAGUUUAAAAAGCUUUUAUAAAAAUGAUUACAAGAUGCUACAUACAGAAGGAUGGCUUCAUCUCUUUGAGUGUGUAAAGUGGUUUAAAAUGAUAGCAAUUAUAGUGAAACAAUCCAAUUAUUUGUAAGUUUUUACAGUUGUUAAUUAUAAAAGUUACAAGCUGGCUCAUUUGGUUUGUUUUCUGAGUGCUGAUACAAUAAUGAUCCAGAAGUUAUAUAAAAGCCCUCAUUAACUAACGAAGUAUACAAAGGACAAGAUUUCAGUGCUCGGGGCUGGUGCCUGUGGUACAGCAGGUCAAAGCCCCAUCGUGCAGACCCGGCAUCCCAUAUGGGUGCUGGUUUGAUUCCUGGCUGCUCCAUUUCCAAUCCAGUUCUCUGCUGUGGCCUGGGAAAGCAGUAGAAGAUGGUCUGAGUCCUUGGGCCCCUGCAUCCAUGUGGGAGACCCGAAAGAAGCUCCUGGCUCCUGUCUUCGGAUCAGCUCAGCUCUGGCCGGUGCGGUCAUUUGGGGAGUGAGCCUGAGGAUAGAAGACACCUCUCUCUGUCUCUCUCUCUCUCUCUCUCUCCUCUCUCUGGCUCUGCCUCUCUCUGUAAUUGUCUUUCAAAUAAAUAAAAUAAAUCUUAAAAAAAAAAAAGAUUUCCGUGUUCAGUACUUUUUUUUCCCUGGAUGCAAUCUUGGAAUUAAAAAAAAAUUUUUUUGAAAGAAAGUGAAGCGCAAAAGAAAGCUCCUAUCUGCUGUUUAACUCUCCAAAUGCCCUCAACAGCCAGGACUGGGCCAGGGCCAGAAUCAGGAGUCUGGAAUGCAAUCUCGGUCUCCCAUGUGAGUGGCAGGAAAUCAAUUACUUGAACUAUCAUUGCUUCCAACAAACCUCUGCAUCAGCAGGAAGCUUGAGUCAGAAGCCAGAGCCGGUAUCCAACUCAAGCACUCCAAUGUGGGUGUCUAAGUAAAUUUUCUUUACAAAUUAGCAUAAUUGAUGGAAUCAUCUCAUCUGUGAAAAGAGCGUUUAUUUUUACUAAUUAUCUUCUAAAAUGAUCUUACUAUUGGGAUUAGAUGCAAAAUUCACUAAUAUAUUUUAGGAGAAAAUUCAUGAAGUUUCAUCCUAUGCAGUAUGUAGCAGAAGAAAACCUGAAUUUAUUGGUAAAAAUCCAAAAGUCCUGGCCAUUCCAACUACCAUGACCUUAACAAAGUCAUUUAGUUUCCCUAGCCUUGCUGUGUUUUACCUAUAAAAUAUAUCAGAUUAUCUCUGAUCAUGUCCAGUCUUUAAUAUAUGUGCUUAUUAAUGUUUCCGUGAAAUUCUAGUAACAAACUGAUUCUAGAAAUUAUAGAUAAGCAGUUAACAUUCUAUGAGUAGUAAAGAUGGAGUUUGUUAAAUACAGAGAUUAAACACCUUCAACUUCAAGCAGAUAAUUGAUACGUUGUCAUUUGUGCCAGAUGCAGACAGAAUUUAGAUUUCAGUGUCAUCAGAUUAUCUGAACACUUUGAGGUGGUUGUUUUGGAGCUGAUGGACCUACUCCCCUUAUGUUUUCCGCAUUUGUUUUCUCAGUAUCAUUUGUUGGCUAAAAUCUUCAAGAUACUCCUAGUUCUUCACAGGAUACAUUUCCAUUUAAAUCUUUGGUUCUUUGAGGCCAAAACAUCAAUACAUGAGAAGUAUAACAACUAUAUGUAUAUGCAUUUACUGCUGUGUCUAAAAUUGCAUAGCCCUAGGCCAUCUUCAAUAGAAACCUAGACUGAAGAGUGAAUAAUGUUGCUAAGAAUGCCAGUGAGUCCUUUUUUCAACAAACAUUUAUUGAGUGGCUAGCAAGGCAAACACUGCUAAGAAGCCAGGAUACAGAGAUAAACAAGACACAUUUGCUCCCCUGUAGGAGUUCACAGUUUUGUUGGUAGAAGAAAUAUUAGAACAAAUAAGUGCAACAUUGACCUCCACAUGGGUUUGUAGAAACACAGAGGGCUACCUUACCUAGUUGAGAGAAAUUAAGAGAGUAAUGCCUGAUGUGAAGAAUUGAGACAGCUCUUUUCAGUUCUCAGGAGCAAGAGAAGGUCUUAUUUUGCAUGUUUGGGAACUUGUACUUUAAUCUGCAAGCCAUGAGAUGUCAUUAAACAGUUUUAAGGAGAGAAAUUACUUUUAUCAAGGUUUGAUUUCAUCCAUUUCAUCAUCCCAGUAAUUCUACAAUGUUGCAAAGGUAAAAUUGCUCUCAUUAGAAGGCCACACAGAAAAUAAUUUGAUUCCUUUAUGCUCUAUUGUUUGUACUCUUCUUCUGGAUCCACUUUUCUUUGUACAGUCUGACUGUUACCAAAAAUCACACCGUGACUGAAGUUGUUUAAAAACACUUAAAGCUAUCACACUCUUUAUCAGAUUUAUCCCCAGAAUUAAAUGUACAUAUAGUUGGAAUGUAUUUUGUUUUUAUGUUUUAUUAUUGUUACCUGACUUCAAAUAAAUUUGAUUACUGAGUUAAUCUAA